AAUGACUCUUUCUUCCAUAAAUUAGACUUUGUGCUGAAUUUAUUACUCUGUAAUUCACUUAAUACACCCACCUGUAAAUAGCAAGAGGGAAGUGGCAAGAGGAUUAAUGUUGUGGGGAAAAUCGUGUUCGUAAACUGAAAAGUGUACGCUUUCGGGGACCAAAAAAUGGUCAAACCGCCGACUCCAAACGCCAUUUAUAUUUGAUGGGUUUUGAGUUAAUUGCAAGGACUUUAGCAUAGAAUGUAGUGAUAUAAUCUAUUAGAUUGACCACAUAAUAGAAGUACUGACAUCGAUUUGCCACUGCAGUUGUAAUUGGUUCCUAUGCCACUAGAUCUUUCUCUAAGGCAAAAUACAAUCAACCUUGUUGAUAAUGACUCUGGGGACGCAUGCGAUUCGUCAGCCAUCUUUCUUAAAUCCAACAUCACUCUACGUUUAAGAAAGGUUUUGUCAAGAUGUCUAGGAUCCUUUAUUCUGGUUGUUAUCUGGCUUUUAUUGCCGUCGGUACGUUUCUCUCCAUUCAAGCAACUCCUAGUCCAGAGGAAAAACUUAUCAACGAACUGUUACAGAAAUACAGACAAGAAGCCAGACCCGCAGUCAACCCAAAUAUCACGACUAAUGUUACGUUUGGGAUGGAACUCGUGCAGUUGGUCAAUGUGAACGACAGGCAUCAAAUGCUAACAACAAACGUCUGGGUUCGUCAGGUGUGGAAUAAUCAGCUCCUUACGUGGGAUCCAAACCAGUACGAAGGAAUUAUGCAGAUAAGACUGGACCCAAGUAAAGUAUGGAUUCCUGAUAUAGUGCUUUAUAACAGUGCUAGCAGUGAGUUCAGCGGCGGUACAGAGAAAUACAAGACGCCCGUCAUUGUGAAUUACGAUGGUAUUAACAGAUGGUACAGCCCUGCUUCCUUCACUAGCACAUGUAAAAUUGAUGUCACAUAUUUUCCAUUUGAUGAACAAACUUGCUCCAUGAAAUUUGGUUCGUGGACGUAUGAGAUUAUCCAUCUAAACAUGCUCCCAGAAAAUGCCUCAAUGAGGUCUAUGUACAUUGAAAGUGCAGAAUGGGACUUGAUAUCAGCUUACAAGACACGUGCGGCAAAGUUAUACCCCUGCUGCGCCAACGAACUAGUUGACAUCACUAUGCAUGUCCAGAUUAAACGAAAACCACUCUUUUACCUUUUCAACUUGGUUGUACCCUGCAUGAUUAUUCUCUCCAUGAUACUCCUCGGCUUUUUUCUGCCUCCCGAGUCAGGCGAACGAAUAACCUUGAGCAUAACUAUCCUUUUGGCAAUGGCUGUGUUCUUACAGCUUGUUGGAGAGAGCCUGCCUCGAAAUUCAGAAACUAUACCCUUAUUAGGCACCUUCUACAUAGCAAUUAUGGCAGAGAUCUCUAUCUCGCUGAUGCUGACUUGCUUUGUUCUAAACAUCCACUACCGAGGCACCGGUAACUCAGCUCAAGAGGUACCAGUUUGGGCCAAAAUCCUCAUCCUUGAUUGGCUCGGAUAUGUUUUGUGUGUUCGAAGGUCGUUCAGAAAUGAAAGCAAUCAGCAAUCAAAUGUCCCGGAGAAACGCUUCGUUGAUGGUCGUAAUAAGAAAGGUUACUCCGUAUCUCUGGCUUACGAGUAUGCAGACAUGAACUUUGCUCCAUCCACUAACUGCCAUUGUAGCCGCUGCAUGCACGCACGCGGGCUCGUGUACAAUAACCCCGAUCGCAAUCAUAUACAUAGUCCAGACAUGCCCAAGUUUAUUGACAACCGAUUCCCUGGUGAAGCGUCUCCGACGGGAUCUACGGGCUGGAAACGGCGGCAAAACGAGCCCAAUUUAGCUGAAGAAAUUAGCGUUCUUUCCAACAGCAUUCGCGAACGAGAGAAAGUCGAAAAGCAUCAAGAAGACUGGAAAUAUUUUGCUAUGGUGAUGGAUCGGAUGUUUUUCUGGCUGUACUUUACUACUAUUAUUAUAUCUUCACUGACGAUUAUUCUACGCAGACCGUAACAUCACAAGCGUGCCUCUGGUUAGGGGUUCUUAGAGAAGUUAGCCGUCGAUGCUCUAGCUUCCCGAUUCUUGGCAUUUGACACCUGGUCCUCUUCUUUACGGAAAAGAAAACCAUGCUGCCACUCAUUGGUAAUGGAAGAAGAAUAUUCUUAUGAAGGUAUUCCAAGAGUAGAAACCUGCUUUGCCGAUUGAAUCGACAGCUGGCGACAUCAUGAUGCUGUUGUUGCCGUUGCAAUGCAGCAAUUUACAUCACUUGUUAUCUAUAGCAACCGUGACGUAACUAGAGCAAAACUGACGUAACUAUGACAACGAUCCUGUGAAAUACACUAUGUGAAUGGAAAUAUAAAUUGUUGAUAUUUUAUAAUAAGAUUUAAUUAAUUAUGAUUUAAAUUAUUGACUAAAGUGCUAAUUAGAACACACGGACAUCGUAAUGUUUGUACAUUUAGAAUUGUUUAUUGUCUAUUGGUACGGGCAUAAUUAGUAUUUCAUCAGUAAAAGACCCCUUCUUACUCUAAUUAUUUACAUAAAAUAGAUGCUUUGCAGGAUAGGGCUCUUAAGUUUGUUUACAUUACGAAUAUGGAUCCCGUGAAAGACAUGAUUGAAAAAUCAGAUUUAAGAUUAUGGGAUAAAAUAACUGAGCCUAAACACCCUUUAUUCCAUCUGCUCCCACCCAAUACGUUGUCCGGCGUUGAGCGGCCCGACAAGUCUAUGCGACUGGUCCGAAAGGAGCUAUGGGUGGAAAUAACAUUUUGCCUUUUUUUUGUUGUUGUUGCUUACUAUAAAUCACGUGACUUUUUGGAGUUGACUGGGAGCAAUUAAUAUGCAACUAGCAACUGAAAAGCCAAAACAUGUCAAAAUAAGUCCUCAAAGUAUUCUCACCAUUUCUAUCGCCUGAAACCUCAAGAUCAAAAUAAGCAUACAACCUCCAUGGCUGGUCAUCAUGGUUUUCACGCAAACUACUCGAAUUUGAGUUACUUUGGCGCUAUGCUACUAAAAUAUAACAAAAUAAACGGCUUUUGAAAAUUUUCAUACUUUGAAGCAAUAUUUUGUCAUUAAACACAGACUGAGUGGUAUAACGAGCUGAUCUAUAUGGUAUCUUACCUCGUCGAAAAUGGCAUGCCGCUAAUCUGUACUUUAAAAUAGUCAAUAAAACGGCGUCUACCAUGA